GAAACGUUUGAAAUACUUUGUAGCUGGUUGUCGCAUGUUUGCCAGAACAACACAAGAGAGAAAGUGUGUAGGGGGGGAGUCUUGACACAGGAGUGGGAAAAGAGAGAGAGGAGUGUGUAUAUCCCCAGGGGAGAUGCACACGGCCAAUAUCUGGGUUUCCAUAAACAUCUAAGAGCGUAUCUGCAAGGCAGCUGCGUGGAUCAACAGAGCUAAGCCUAAAAUACAAGCUUUAAUUCCAGUUUAUAUAUCAGUUUAGCAGCAGAUGUACUACAUAUUUCCAGCAUUGAACACAGAGGUUAGAAAAGUCUCGUUUUGAUGAUGAAAAUAGUCGAGACAAACUGAACAGAGAACCUGAACAGAGAACCAGAAAUGACAGCCGAGGCAGCCAAGGAACUCGACGAGCUAUGUUUCCUGUCAGCACAGUCCCUGCCCAGUCUGAAGGUGUUGAAGCACUUUCAGGUGCUGAAGCUCCUGGGAGAGGGAUCGUAUGGAAAGGUCAUGCUAGCAUUGCACAGGAAGAGAGGAACUCCGAUGGCUCUGAAGUUCUUCCCGCGGAAGUCCACCUCACUCACCUCUUUCCUGCGGGAAUACAACCUCUCCCUCGCUUACUGCACCCAUCCCUCUCUGACCAGGGCCCUCGGCAUCUUCUUCUCCACGCCGUCCUACUAUGUUUUUGCCCAGCAAGCCUGUCUGUAUGGGGAUCUCUACAGCGUUGUUGUGUCAGAGGUCGGGGUGGACGAGGACUGCGUCCAGAGGGUGAUGUCCCAGCUGAGCGGCGCUGUCACAUAUCUUCACUCCCUGGGGUUCGUUCACCGCGACAUCAAACCAGAGAACAUCUUCCUGUGUGACAGAUCCUGUCGCUGGGUCAAACUGGGUGACUUUGGCCUGACCCGAGCUGUCGGCACCAAGGUCAAAGCCGUUUGGUACGAGUCUCCGUUCUGCACCCCUGAGGUCGAACCGGAAAAGGCGCUUGAGAAAGAGAUGGAGAGGAGGCUUGGGGAGGGGAUGGAGAUGGAAGAGGUGGAGCUGGAGCUGGAGGACAUCUGGAUAACAGUGCAGCCCUCCAUUGACAGCUGGGCCCUCGGCGUGCUCGUCUACUGCCUGCUGACCGGCUGCUUCCCCUGGGAGGAGAGCACGCACGACGACCCUGGCUACCGUAAAUACAAGGCGUGGUUUGACCGUGAGGCUGAAAAAACCGAGGACAAAACAGGGUGUAUUCAGGAGGCCGACAGUUACCAAAUCAUGGAACAGAAGCAGAAAAGCAACCCUCCUCCCUCGCAGUUUGAGGGCCUCAGCCCUCUAGUGAUGACUCUUUUAAAGGAGCUUCUUCAUCCCGACCCCAAACAGAGAGGGAGCCCGGAGGAGAUCCUCAGCUACUUGGGUGGGCCGUGGCUCAUGGAGACUGCGAGAGAGGAGCAGAGGAGGAAGGAGGAGGCUGAGAAGGAGGCCAGGAGUAUAAGAGAAAAAGGAGGUGUGGAGGAAGAGCUCCUCAGAGAAGGUAGAGGAGAGAGAUGAGUUUUGUAGAUAAUGCUGCAAUUCAUAUGUAUAAGGUGCUGCUUUUUACAUAUGUCUGUAAAUAUCCUUCAUCCAGGUUUCACUUUCACUGCUAUAUAUAUUGUUGGUUUGUUUUGUGUGUGUUCUUAUGAAUGAAUUGCAUAGGAAGGAUUCGAAUUUGGCCAGAUGAUCAUCUCUUUUGUGUUGCAUACAAACAGUUCUGGUGAAAGUGUUUUAAUAAAAUAAUUCUUCAAGAAUCUCUUUAACCUUU